CCUCCCCUGCCUCGCUUCACUCCCAGACAUCUCUUGCCAUCAUUUCAUCCACCCCUGUACAAAGCCUGGUGCCCCCAGCCCCGCCUGGCGCAGCUCCCCCUCUCUGCGCUCCGCGGGGAGAACGGACAGGGGCGCGCAGAGCUCUCGCACUGCCUGUGCUCGCUGUGCCUGGGGAAUUGGGCUGUGGGCGAGGCGGCCCGGGCUGCCCUUUAUCGCUCCCUGGGCUCGUCUUUUGAAACUUUAUCAGGGAGUCUCGCCACUCGCAGCAGACGCGAGCGAGCAGGGGGCGGGGGCGCGGCGAGGCGCCGGCAGCCGUGACGAGGCGCUCCCGGCGCUGAGCGCUUCUGCUGGGGCACGCAUGGCGCCCGCACACGGAGUCUGACCUGAUGCGGACUCAAGGGGAUUAAUAUGAACGCCCGUCUCUGUGGGAUUUGGCUCUGGCUCCCUCUGCUCUUGACCUGGCUCACCCCUGAGGUCAGCUCUUCAUGGUGGUACAUGAGAGCUACAGGAGGCUCCUCCCGGGUGAUGUGUGACAAUGUGCCAGGCCUGGUGAGCCGCCAGCGACAGCUGUGCCACCGACACCCAGAUGUGAUGCGUGCCAUUGGCCUGGGUGUGGCUGAGUGGACAGCAGAGUGCCAGCACCAGUUCCGCCAGCAUCGCUGGAACUGCAACACCCUGGACAGGGAUCAUAGCCUCUUUGGCAGGGUCCUGCUUCGAAGUAGUCGGGAAUCUGCCUUUGUUUACGCCAUCUCCUCAGCUGGAGUUGUAUUUGCCAUCACCAGGGCCUGUAGCCAAGGAGAAUUAAAAUCCUGUUCCUGCGAUCCCAAGAAGAAGGGAACCGCCAAGGACAGCAAGGGCACCUUCGACUGGGGUGGCUGCAGUGAUAACAUUGACUAUGGGAUCAAAUUUGCCCGAGCGUUUGUGGAUGCCAAGGAAAGGAAAGGAAAGGAUGCCCGGGCCCUGAUGAAUCUUCACAACAACAGAGCCGGCAGGAAGGCUGUGAAGCGGUUCCUGAAACAGGAGUGCAAGUGUCACGGUGUGAGCGGCUCAUGCACCCUGAGGACAUGCUGGCUGGCCAUGGCCGAUUUCAGGAAGACAGGCGAUUAUCUCUGGAGGAAGUACAACGGAGCCAUCCAGGUCGUCAUGAACCAGGAUGGCACUGGCUUCACUGUGGCUAACAAGAGGUUCAAGAAACCAACGAAAAAUGACCUCGUGUAUUUUGAGAAUUCUCCAGACUACUGUAUCAGGGACCGAGAGGCAGGCUCCCUGGGUACAGCAGGUCGCGUGUGCAACCUGACUUCCCGAGGCAUGGACAGCUGUGAAGUCAUGUGCUGCGGCAGAGGCUAUGACACCUCCCGCAUCACCCGGAUGACCAAGUGUGAGUGUAAAUUCCACUGGUGCUGCGCCGUGCGCUGUCAAGACUGCCUGGAGGCCCUGGACGUGCACACGUGCAAGGCUCCCAAGAAUGCCGACUGGACGACCUCUACAUGACCCCAGAGGACCUCACCAUCCACCUUCCUUCCUGCAAGGACUUCAUUGGCUCUGCAAGGACACUGGACCUCUGGGUUGUCUCCUGGGGGAUAUUUCCUAAGGCAUGUGGCCUUUGUCUCCACAGAAGUCUUUUCUCCCUUGCUGGGGCCCCUAGGAUAUAAAGUAUACCUUAUUCUGUCUUCCGGCAUUCUGGGGUCACCUUUCCUCCUGGUGAGUUCUCUUCAGAAAUGGCAUGACAGGUUCUUAGAGGGGAGGGCAAUGGGCCCACACUACUGUCACCUAGACUCUUCUUUUUUGAGCAGCUGGUCAGGGGGCAAAGAGUGUCUCAAAGUACCUUUCUCUGUGUCUUCCAACAAAUGCUCACAGCUAAGAGGUUCCAUACUUCCCUCUGGGAAAUGAGGAAAAUUAGAAUCAAAUGCCACCAAAUUAACUUUAAUUCUUGAAAAGACCAAGCAAAGCUUUUGUCUGAUGGAGUAAUAUCCACAGUCACCAUCCCCAGGGGUAAUUGGUAAUUGCUUGAAGAAAGGAUGGCUUUCAAUAAACUUCAGUUUUAAAAUGCAUAUUUUUCAAAGCAUUUAUUGCCAUAUUAAUGUCUGAUGUAACAAGGUGGGAAUGUGUGUCCUUUGGUACAGUGGUGUUUGGAAUCUUCACAAUAGCCAAAUCCACAGAAAGUAAUUGCUAUACAUGACUAUCCCAUCCAUAUAGAAAAAGAUUUACAAAUGAAACUUCACUAGGAGCUGAAGGGAAUUCACAAGAAGUUGGACAAUCCAGUCAUAUUCUGUAUCUAGUGGGUGAAUGUGGUGGGAAAUAAUUUAGUGAGUGGAAUAUCAGAAAACGUGUUUGUGCAGAUAAAGAAAGGGAAAAUUCCUAUCUGGUCUUAUGCAUCUGACCCAUGGAAUUUUGUAAUUGAAACAACUUUGAGAACAAAAACUUCUGGGAUGACAUGACCAUCGAACCAAAAUGCUGACAGAGAGGUUUCCAGAGCUAAGGCAUGCCCAGGACAGUCUUUACCAGAUGCCCAGGAGAAGCUGGCCACGUAUGCUGAGGAGCAUCAGCUAGUACCCAUUGCCCUUCAAGCGCAUUUUCAAAACCUGCCACUUUUAAUUGUGUUUAUUUGAUGCUUACAAGAUGACAUAAUCCUGUAGCCUAAAGCAAAUGACACAUAGCCUUGCCUGUAAAGUCAGUAACCCUACUAUAUUACAUGGCAGACAAAUCACAAGUUGGAGACUAUAUUUAAGGGACUCCACUGUAAUUAUGGGAACAUCAAUGUGCAAAUAGUGGUUGGCUUCUACCAUCAGCCAAAAGAUGACAUUCAGAGAAAAUUAAGAGGUUGCCUGUCCCAUUUUUUAUAUUAAAUGAAAGGUGAAAUCUACAAAGCUGUUUCUCAUUGCUUGGUGCAGUUUGGUUCUUGCUUGGAAUAUGAUUUCUUUGAAGAGCUAUGUUAACUAACAGGAUGUUUCCUUACACGUAUCUGGUGUCAAAUCAUGGAUGCUUGCUCAUUCUUUCAUACCUUGGACUUUGUUUUUUCUAUCCCUGCUGUGGGACAUUUAGAUGGAAACUUAUGGAAAACAACCUACUGGACUACUUUGUUAUAAUUAAUAUUUGCUUCCUAGCCUCUUAAAAGCGACUGAAAUUGUUCCCUUUCCCUCACUCCCAAGCCCCCAAGUUGGUUGUCUAAUUUCUCCCAAGUUGUUCUUUCCUCUUUUUAUUCUAUAUAUUCAGAGGGUGGGAAGAGUGGAGCAGGACAGCAGCUGCUCUGACACAGAGGGGACAGCCACCUGGCCUUCAGGGACUGAAGCAUGGCAUGAAUGUCUUCAGAGCACUUUCAUGGGGUCCCAAAGCCAUCAGCCCUUCUUGCUACCAGAUGAACUGUGAAAUCAUAAAUCCAUGGGUAUAUUUAGUAUGGGGGGAUGGGAACCUUAGAGGACAUGUCAGCUCCCCCCAGUUUGAAGAAACUGAAACCAAGAGAAGUGAAGGAAUCUCCACAAAUGUCAGUCACUACCCCAGUGAUCCAUCACAAGGGAACCACACUGUAAGGGGAUUUGAGAAGGCCAAGCACUUUAUCUACUUAAUAAAACUAGUCUUAACUCAGUGGACUCCAAGUAACUUUAGCUUCCAAUGGGUUGGUGCUUUUUAGUCUUGGGAUGUUUAGAUCUGAUCUCCUUUUCAUGCUGACACUCAUGCUGAUUAGCAAGGAAACUAGGCCUAUCCAUCCAAUUGAUCGAUAUAGAUUGUCCCAGUACGUAGGGGAGACGGUGGCCAUGCUUGCAAGGGUCAGUGGGGUCCUCACUGAGAAGGGCGUAAGAAGACAGUGAAAUGUUUUUAUCUGCUUUUACUUCUGAAAGAGUACAUUUAUAUUUAAAAGAAAUUUUUAAGGUAAUGAAGAUAAAUUUAAAACUCAUUUUCUUUAGGGCUUGGUAGAGGAUGGGUAGUCUAGAAUUUUGAAAUACACUAAAUUCUUCAUUACUUGAGGCCUUGAAGGGAAUGUUCGGCACAAAUUACCUCCACAAAAAGUAAUAAUAAUGAUGGGAAAAAUCCAUCCAGGUCCAGUUCCCUCCCAACAAAAGUCUUAUUAUAAACCAAAGUUUUCUAAAUGCAAGAUAACCCCUUAGUGUUCCGUGAUAUCUGAAUACGUUUCUACAAUAGAUCUUGACUAGUUCACUAGAGUUUUCUAUAGUCUGCAUGUGACUCUGAGACUUAGAAUUUAAGUUUCUGUCUCCAACAAAUUUGCUUCACUGACUGGGUUUGUGGUGCUGAUUGAUAUUCUCAGAACAGUCUCUGUCAAAGUACAUUCCCUUUACAGCAUCCUGAAUGGCCCCUUGUCUGAAAAAGUGCAUGUAUUACCUUAAGAGGCUAAUUUAGCCCCUUGAAUGGUUCAAGCUCAUGCAUAGAAGCCCCCAGUGCCAUGGUCCCACCUUGCUCUAACUCCGUGCCCCCUCAGUACCAGGCACAUUGAGAGAGGCCUGGAGACCCCCAGAAUAGUAGCUACUCUCCCUUCUCCUGUGUUAUCCGUUGAAAUAGACACUGGAGAAGAACCCACCAGAUGGCAGUUUGAUCUGGGUGGGACCAGAUGAUGGGAGGGAACAGGUAGCUUUUGCCAAGGGAGCAGCAGCGCUCUGUGACCACGGGCAGUGGUAUUUUCCACUCUUGCUGGUCCUUCCCACCCUGCUUCCUGCUGUUGCUUCCCUGUCCCUGCCGCCCAACACUUCCUUCCUCAGGCUCAGGGCCCCAAGCCAUGACUCAGAUCCUCCAUCCCCAUGUGUAACCCAGCUCGAGGUGGCCAAUGUUAAUUUCAAGAGGUGUUUUGAAAUUGUCAAAACUAGAUUCCCUUUUAUCGGAAUGAUUACAAAGCUUGAAAAGACUCAGGCAUGGCAUUUCUAAAACGGUAACUUUAAAGUCAGAAAAUCCAGUUUCACAGCGAGUGUUUGCAUUGAGGGUUGGGGGGCCAUUAAUUUAGCAAGGAGCCUCACCGUGGGCUGCGAGAGACCUAACGCAGGCUGUGUCAGAAGCGGUGACAUGACCAUGCACGCGCUGUGCUUGAUGGUGUUUGAGGGCCAAGAUCUUGUUAUUACUUCUCAGUUAUUAAAGGCUGGCCUGCGGCGAGUGUUGUCUCACUCAGAUGAAAAACAUUUAUCUCCCUCUUGCCCGUUCUCAAAAUAAAAACUCAGAAAAGCAUCCAGUGGACCAGAAACUUCUUUUGUGUCUAUUUACUGUACUUGGACCUGGGCUUCCUUGUCUUAAGAGCAAGAGUUGUACUGAACAAACAGACCCCGCCAAUUCCCAAACUGGUAAACAGCUUUUGUCAGGCGGGUGCUGAACUUCUGAAAAGCAAUCUGCUGGUGUGAGCCGACAGCUAAGGUGUACUGAUUUUGACCUCCUUACCUAAGCAGAGAAAAUUUUCACUCAUCCAUGAGCAUGUUCUUUACAUUUUUCUGGGGAUCAGCAAGGUGACAGGUGGUUUGCAAAGCCCAACAUGAUCAUUAUUUUUCUAAAUCAUAGUUGUUCCAGCCCUGACUGUUUUUGUCUCCCUGAUAUUCACAUGGAUUCCUGUUUAACCAAACCUCCCACUUCCACAAGCUAAUAAAAGUGUCACGCAGAU